AUGGAUCCGGGAAAGGGUCGAGGCAGGGGCCUGGCCUUGCUUCAGGCCCUAAAGAAGAGUCAGAACAUGGAUUCUUCACCGUCAUCGGAUGAGGCUUCUCCGGAGUCCACUCCUAGUGCGAGUGCUACUCCAAGUGUUGUGAGCUCAGCAACAACGGCUGCAUCACUGGGAGGUCGAGGUCGUAUGGCAGCUAUGAUGCUCUCCAAAGUGCAACAGAAGCCCGGAGGGCCUGCUUUUACUCCUGCAUCGGAUGUGAGUCCUAGCCCUGCUGUUGGGCCAAGAGGUGCGGGUAGAGGAAUCCAGCUUUUGCAAACAUUAAAAGCAACCUCAAAACCAAAGCCCGAAGAAGUUGGCCAAAGCGACAUGCGAGAAGUCACUCAUAAAAUGGCAGAGAGUACUGUAUCCGACUCGACCUCUGCAGCUGGUACCGUCGCCACAAUGAGAUCUUCCGUUGCGAAGAACAAGUAUUUCAGGGAAGUAAAAGACGCACCACCCUUAGUGCAAAUGGGUCAAUCUGGCACGCCAUGUGAGGUCACUUCGAAUUUCAUUAAGCUAAACUUUGAAGAGAACACUGUUUUUGAAUACGAAGUCCGCUUUGAUCCCGACCAAGAUCACAAGUCUGUACGCUUUAAGCUUCUUAAUGAGCAUCAUCAUUACUUUGAAGUGAAAACAUUUGAUGGCACAACUUUGUAUGUGCCCCACAAAUUGCCCGAUGAGGCAAUGAGUUUGGUGUCAACUAAUCCGUUUGACAACAGCAAGGUCAACAUUACGAUCGUCUUUCGGCGGACUCGUCGUCUAAGUGAAAUGGUACACAUAUACAAUGUACUCUUCAAGCAUAUUAUGAAAGACUUGGAACUCAUUCGCUUUGGUCGACUCCACUUCAAUGAGCAUGCUGCCAUUCAGAUACCGCAGCAUAAGCUGGAGGUUUGGCCGGGAUACGUAACAGCAGUAGACGAAUAUGAAGGAGGUCUCAUGCUGACUCUGGACUCGACCCACCGGGUGCUCCGGACGCAGUCUGUGCUGUCUCUCAUAAAGGAGACCGUGCAACAUCAAGGAGCUAAUUGGAAGCGGGCCUUGACAGACAAACUCGUCGGUUGUUCUGUUAUGACUACCUAUAACAAGAAACUUCUUCGAGUCGAUAGUAUAGACGACACAAUGACACCGAGAUCAACAUUCGAGAAGAAUGAGAAGGGGCAGCUGGUGAAAAUCAGCUAUAUCGAUUAUUACAAGAAAAAUUACGGUAUUGACAUCAUGGACUGGGAUCAACCUAUGUUGAUAUCGAGGGACACUAAGCGAAUGCCGGGCUCAGAGAAAAAAGUAGAAUUCAUGAUCUGCCUGGUGCCAGAGUUGUGUCAGUUAACCGGUUUGACCGACGACCAGCGAAGCAACUUCCGCCUCAUGAAGGACGUAGCCACAUAUACGAGAAUCACGCCUAACCAGCGGCAUGCGGCUUUCAAAAAGUACAUCGAAAACGUCCUAUCUUGUGAGACAGCACGUAAACGUCUAAAGGGCUGGGGCCUAAGCAUCGCCCCUGAUACAAUAAACAUAACCGCUCGCACGCUUCAACCGGAGACACUACUGUUCGGUAAUAAUGAAAGGGUGAAUGGAAAGCCUAAUGCUGACUGGAAUAUGGAAGUAACCAAGCAACAUGUGAUGCAGUCCGUCGAUGUAUUGCGUUGGACAAUACUGUUUACCGAUAGAGAUAAACAGGUCACCGAAGAUUUUAUCCAAACCAUAAAACGGUGCUCUCGUCCUAUGGGUAUCACCGUACAGGACCCAGACAAGAUGCGGCUGCCCAAUGAUCGUACUGACUCUUUUAUACAAGGUUUGAAAAAAGCGAUCACGUCUGAUUUGCAACUAGUGGUUUGCAUUUGUCCUACUUCGAGGGAUGACCGAUAUGCAGCUAUUAAGAGAAUUUGUUGUGCUGAGAAUCCAGUGCCGUCUCAGGUAAUAAACGCAAGAACCAUAAUGAACCAGCAAAAGAUCCGAUCUAUCACCCAAAAGAUCGCAUUGCAGAUCAACUGCAAACUGGGUGGCACGCUGUGGAACAUUAGCAUACCUUUCAAGACCGCCAUGAUCGUGGGCAUUGACUCGUAUCACGACGGUGGCCGGAAGAAGCGUAGCGUUUGCGCUUUUGUGGCGUCGUACAACCAGACAAUGACGCACUGGUAUUCAAAGGCUGUGUUCACGUCGCAAGGCCAAGAGAUAGCAGACGGCCUUAGGUCCUGCCUCGUGGAUUCACUCACUCAUUACUUGCGGGUCAAUGGCAAAUUGCCCGAUAGAGUCAUAAUGUACAGAGACGGAGUCGGCGAUGGUCAGCUAAAGACUGUUAGAGAUUACGAGAUCCCGCAAAUGCAAGUGUGCUUCAAUUUGCUGGGUGAAACCUACAAGCCGUCGCUGACAUAUAUCGUCGUCCAGAAACGGAUCAACACGCGCAUUUUCGCUAAGGUGAAUGGUGGAUUCGAAAACCCCCCACCUGGAACCAUCUUGGACCACGCUGUCACUCGUCGAGAUUGGUACGAUUUCUUAAUCGCCUCUCAAAAAGUGAACCAAGGAACUGUGACGCCAACUCACUACGUGGUCGUCCACGACGACAGUGGUAUGACGCCUGAUCAAUGUCAGCGUCUGACCUACAAAAUGUGCCACCUGUAUUACAACUGGCCUGGCACAGUGCGCGUACCGGCACCAUGCCAAUACGCUCACAAAUUAGCCUUCCUCAUUGGCCAAAUACACGAAGAACCUUCAGAAAAAUUGGCAGAUAAGUUGUUCUUCUUGUAAUGUAAUUUAGAAUUAAGAAUAUCUUCUUAUUACCGAUUAACGUUAACCGAAUUAAGGAUAACCGGUUUACAGAUGCUGUAAAGAAUAAGUUGUUUGUCAGAAUACUUCAGUAUU